ACUCUUCCAAACCUAGAUCCUGUCUUCCAAAACUCCAAAAUAAAUUAAAAACACAGAAACUUCUACUUCAAUUAAUUAAACAUCUUUAUUUCUUCUGUUGAAUUCUUCAGUUUUUUCUCUUUUUUUUGUUUGAUCAGAGAAUUUUAUGGAGAUGGGGAUUUGGUGUUGUAGACAUGUAAUGAUUGUAUGGAUUGUUGGGUUUCUAUUUAUGCAGAUGCGGGCAAUACAGGGGCUGAGGUUCGUCAUAGAUAGAGAAGAGUGCUUCUCCCACAAUGUUCAAUACGAAGGAGACACUCUUCAUGUCUCUUUUGUUGUGAUUAAGGCCGAUUCCCCUUGGCAUUUCAGCGAAGACGGUGUCGAUCUAGUGAUAAAGGGACCUUCUGGAGAACAGAUUCAAGAUUUUCGUGACAAGACAAGUGAUAAGUUUGAGUUUGUGGUCCCGAAGAGAGGGGUUUACCGUUUCUGCUUCACCAAUAAGUCCCCAUAUCAUGAAACUGUUGAUUUUGAUGUACAAGUUGGUCACUUCUCAUACUACGACCAGCAUGCAAAAGAUGAGCAUUUUGCCCCCUUGCUGGAGCAGAUAUCAAAGUUGGAGGAAGCUCUGUACAAUAUCCAAUUUGAGCAGCAUUGGUUAGAGGCUCAGACCGAUCGUCAGGCAAUAGUGAAUGAUAACAUGGGUCGGAGAGCAAUGCACAAGGCAAUGUUUGAAUCAGCUGCACUAAUUGGAGCUAGCGUCCUUCAAGUUUACCUCCUUAAACGCUUGUUUGAACGGAAGCUCGGGACAUCCAGAGUCUAAGUAGGCUUGUAGCUGCCUGCAAUGGAUAUUCGUCAAUUCUGGUACUUACACGCUCCAAGUUCAGCUCCACCUGGCUAUGCCUAUUUAAAGGUUUUUUUGUACCUAAUUUACUAUUAAAGCAUUCCUCCUUCCACAAUUCUUGUGUAACACUUAUUUACCAGUAGUUAAAAGAUGUUUUGAAACCUAGGGAGUUUCUUUGAUCUCCUGGACAAUGUUCCAUAUUUUUACUCUCUAAAGUUAUGUAUGAAUUUUUUGGUUCAGUUUUGCUCUUUUGCUUCUUUUACGUGAAAUACAGCCCCUGCUGCUUG